AUGGCUUCCUACAGAGCCAACCCGCUGGCGUUCACGCCGUGGCCGGUGACGAUACUCACCACUGCCGUAUACCUCGCCCUAAUCAUCCCCCUGCUGGUAAUCCACCACAACGUCCCCUCAGCGCCCCAGACCAACCCCAACGGCCUCAAUCUCACAGAAGCGUGGCAAGACCUCCAAAGCCUGACGAAAGGCUUCCAUCCCUAUAACUCCCACCAGAACGAUGAGGUCCGCUCAUGGCUGCUAGAGCGCAUCUACGCGAUCAAGCAAGCCGCCGCGUCAUCCGAGGAAUUCAAUGACGCGAAGGAGGAGAAGCCUGAAGUAUUCGUUUUCGACGAUCUGGUCUCCAACCUAACCUUCAUCGACAACCAAGUCGGCGUUUACUUCGAGGGCACCAAUAUCCUCGUCUACAUCCGCGGCUGGGAAGAUAAGAAAGGGAAUUGGUGGGAGACGCCCGGUCGAGCACCCGUCGGCAAAGGUGGCGUCCUCGUCAAUGCGCACUACGAUAGUGUCUCGACGGGCUACGGAGCUACAGAUGAUGGCGUUGGAGUUGUGACUUGUCUGCAACUGGUGAAAUAUUUCCUCACGCCGGGCCACGCGCCGCGCCGCGGUUUGGUGGUUCUCUUCAAUAAUGGCGAGGAGGACUAUUUGAAUGGGGCGCGCGCUUAUAGCCAGCAUCCUAUGGCGAAGUUUGCGCAUACUUUCCUCAAUCUGGAGGGUGCCGGUGCUGGUGGUCGCGCUACAUUGUUCCGCAGCUCGGAUACUGAGGUCACCCAGGCGUAUGCGAAAUCGGAGCAUCCGUUCGGCUCGGUGUUGAGUGCCAAUGGGUUUGAGAAGGGGCUUAUUAGCAGCCAGACGGAUUAUGUUGUUCUUGAUGGUAUCUUGGGUCUGCGUGGACUCGAUGUUGCUUUCUUUGAGCCCAGAGCUCGUUAUCACACUGACCAGGAUGACGCGCGACAUACUAGCUUGGAUUCUCUUUGGCAUAUGCUCUCUGCGGCUACUGCUACUACGGAGGCUCUUGUUUCUGACUCGACUGAUCGAUUUGAUGGACACGUUCACGACGACGGGAAUGUGCCGAGUGGUUCGGGUACUCAGGCUGUGUGGUUCGAUCUGUUUGGAAGCGCUUUUGCUGUGUUCCGCCUUCACACUCUGUUUGCUCUGUCGGUGACUCUGUUGAUUGUGGCGCCUUUGACAUUGCUCGUGACCAGUGUGAUUCUGUCCAAGGUUGACAAGAUGUAUUUGUUCCGCUCAUCAGUGUAUUCUGAGAUUGGCGAUGAGAACAUCUCGCUGCGGGGUCUGCGAGGCUUCUUCCGCUUCCCAUUCCUGCUUUUCAUUCCUACGGCUGUGGCUGUGGGAUUGGCUUACAUGGUGACAAAGGUCAACCCCUUCAUUGCUCACAGCAGCUCGUACGCCGUGUGGAGCAUGAUGAUCUCGGCUUGGUUCUUUUUAGCAUGGUUCGUAUCUCGCGUUGCGGACUUCGCGCGCCCAUCGGCUUUCCAUCGUGUCUACACUUGGACCUGGAUGUUUGUCCUCACUUGGUCUAUGAUGGUUGUCGCCACUGUUUAUGAGCAUGAGGAGGGUCUCGCUGGAGGCUACUUUAUCUUCUUCUAUUUCGCGGGCACAUUUUUGGCGACUUGGAUCUCUUACCUGGAGCUAUUCGCUCUGCCACCAAAGUCAGAGUAUGUUGGCCAGUUCAUCCAAGGAUCACGGCGGCCCAGUAGCCGUGGAAGUCGUCUUGGUGCCUCGGUCGACGAGAACGAGGACGAUAUUGCCGAGGAAGAGCCGACUGAGUCAACGUCGCUAUUGCAUGGUGAUCACCGCACCACAUUUGCCAACUACGUCCAUGUUGCGGGCGACCACACAUCCCAUGACCUAGAUGACGAGGAAGAAGAUAAAGACCCAAACGUGUAUGGACAUGAACAGUCUUGGAGUGGCAGGAUGCCGCGAUGGACGUGGCUCUUGCAGCUGCUCUUAACGGUCCCUGUGAUCCUGAUGCUGAUAGUCCCCUUGGCUCUCCUGAUCACGGCCGCGCUCAACCAGACUGGCCAGGAUGGAAGCCCCCAGCUCAUCGUCUAUAUCUUCAUCGCCAGUCUUACUUCACUUCUUUUCGCCCCAACGCUUCCCGUAAUCCACCGAUACACUUACCACAUCCCGAUCUUCAUGCUCUUUGUCUUCUUCGGCACUCUGAUCUACAACCUCGUUGCCUUCCCGUUCGCAGACUCAAAUCGUCUAAAGCUGUUCUUCCUCCAGGAAGUCGAUCUAGAUAACGGAAUCUCCACUGCCUCCUUGACCGGCAUGCCUCCAUAUGUCCGGGACGUAACCUACGGUCUCCCAAGCGCAGCAGGUCAAGAUGAGACAUGUGAAUGGAUAUACAGAGGUAAAAACCACGUUCAGCGCUGUUCUUGGGAUGCACCAAUACCGCACGUCAUCCCCGAUGCCGAAGCUGUAUCCAUUGAUCAUGAGAAUACCAACACUCUCCUGAAAGCCACCGAACUUUCUUCCGACUGGAUCUCCUUCAGUAUCUCCCAACCUCAACCAAACAUCCCCUCCGCCCGCUUCGAAGUCUCGGGCCAAAACACCCGUGCUUGCCGUAUCAACAUGGACGGCAACUUCAUCAAAAACUUCAGUGUCGAGGGCUCUUCCGCUCCAGACCGCCGAUUCCUUAACCCAUCUCGGGACGGCUUAAACCGUAUCCAGCUCUGGAGUCGCACAUGGGAUAACAAGUGGACGGUUGACAUCAACUUUACGGAGCAUGACUCAACAGAGACCGAUGCAGCCGUUGAUGAGACUCCUAUCACGGGUCGUAUCACCUGUCUAUGGAGUGAUAAUAACCAGAUCGGUCUCAUUCCCGCUCUAGAUGAGGUGCGGCAGUUUAGUCCGGCUUGGGUUGCUGUGACUAAGUUCUCUGAUGGAUUGAUUGAGGGGUCUCGGGCGUUUGAGAUUAAGCGUUCGAGUUUGGGGGUUGUUGGAUCUUAA